AUGUCUGCCCAUUAUUUCGACAGUUUCACAUCUGCCAGUCAGUUCACUGGCUCGAAUGUGAAACAUAUUUCCCGGCUAUCAAUGACUUCCGCAAGUGGAUGGGGGCGAAAACAUCUGCUUGCCUGUCGCGUUGUAGUACGACAAGCGAGGCACAAUAUUCUUCCAAUUUUGUCUCCCUACUCAAAAUCUUCCGACACAACGUCCCCGGUUGAGAUUGUGAAAUUUGUGAAUGGCCCCGAUCACAUUCAGCAUUUUGAGAGAAGUGAGCACAGCCUUGUACGAGAUUUUGGCUAUAGCAUUUCGCUCGCUCAAACAUGGGCAGCGUUGGCAGCAUUCAAGGGCAGCCGUGACUCUCAGAGAACACAGCAGUCGAUUGGUCCCAGCAAUUCCGACGAUGGCAACCAUUCUGAGGAUUCCAACGCAGAUUAUGAUUCUCUGAUGGAUACUGAAUCUGACGGUGACGGCAACUCUGGGGGUAUGGGAAGACCGGCGCGUGAAAUAAGACCCAGUCGAGAUUCAGAAUUCGUCCAUUCUGGGGAAAUGCAAGUUGGUUCUAGCAGUCCACAGGCUGCGAGUUCUCAAGAUGCAUCGUCUACUGGUCACAUCGACAAUGCGGAACACCAUCUCCGAGGGACAGUCGAAGAUGACACUCUGCGCCUCUUAUCCUGCGUCAUCCGACAUAUUCUUUAUUUUGGGUCACCUCAAGACUGGAAGAAUAUGUCGAGGGUUGUUGAAUUUCGGGACGUCAAGUUACAAGCCAGCGCACACCUACCUUCGAUAAACAAAUCGAUAAAUGCCAUCGAUGACGGAGGCCUUUGCCUACGCAUCCAGGAUGAAGGCUCUUUUACACUCCUCGACGAUCGCGUGGCGAUUUUGGAAGCAAAGAGAGACUUCGAUUCGCUUGAGGAGGGCAAACCGAUCAUCUCGGACCGAUGUCUAGCCCAGAUGACCUGCGAGGCCCUAGUGGCUAGGUCAGUUAGUUCUGAACCCCGUGAGAGAGUUAUAGUCAUCCACGCUACGCAGAACUACAUUUGCUUUCUCGAAUUCAAAAUUAGCGAUGAGUAUAUUCAGGAUUUGGGUUCGGAGUCGCCAAGCUCAUGCAUUACCGUGGUGGCCACCCCCUGGUACGACCUGAGCAGUGCAUCCAAUAGGAAACAGGUAGUUCUCAAUUUGUGUGCCCUGAUGCGUUGGGGAGGAGCGAGGAAGUGA